CAAAACAAACAGGCGCAUGGUUAGAGUGUAUUUUAUCAAAAUGUGCUCAAAAAAAAAAAGCAAACGACGUCGUCAGAGUCAGUUUGUGUCUCGGUCCAUGCCAAACCCUCCAAUCCAACGCGGUCGACUCUCUCUGAGUGAGGAGAAUCGUCUCUGAUCUGCUGAAAAUGGAGGAAGCAUCAAUGGAGAAGACUCAUCAGAAUUGGCAGAAGAAGAAGCCAUGGUUUUGGAGCUGGGCAUUCGCUUCAAUUCUCUUCAGACUCAUCCUCAUCUACUUCCCCCAAAACCUCUACUUGUCCUCUCGUCCCGAAGUCUCCACUCCUCUCACCUCCCUCCGCCGCCUGGCUGAAGGUUACUGGUUGAAACAGUCCUCGAUGUCUCCCUAUGCAGGUUCAAUGUAUCAUGGAUCUCCUAUUUUACUCUCAAUCCUUGGUCCUCUCACUGUUAAAAGAAUUGACGGCCAGCCAAAUCAACUUAUUUGCAGUUUGGUUUUUGUCAUUGCAGAUUUUGUCACUGCAAUGCUUAUUCGUUCAACUGGCCUGAAUCUUCAAAAAGCAUAUUCUCAAAGAUUGAAAUCACUAGGCCUUGUUGGACUGUUGGAAAAUUCAGGUGAUAAAAUUAUUCUUUCAUCUGGGGAUAUCGCUGCUCUGGUGUACUUAUGGAAUCCUUUUACCAUAGUCAGCUGUGUGGGUUUGUCUACUUCUCCAAUUGAAAAUUUGGUCAUCAUACUGUCACUUUACGGAGCUUGUACACGACAAAUUCCAUUGGCAGCUUUUGGGUGGGUCAUAGCAACACAUUUGUCCCUUUAUCCUGCUAUUCUGAUUGUACCGGUGAUUCUUUUAUUAGGUUAUGGUCCAGAUGCUCCCCCAAGGAAAUUGUUACUGCAAAGGAACUCCUGUGAACUGACAGGUCAACAGAAGGAACUGAAAAAUCAACCAGUGCAACUAAUUUGUUUCUCUUGGAAACCAGUUGUGUGUUUCUUCUUGUGGGCAUCCAUGUGGGCAUUCUACGUGUUAGUUCUAUGUGGCAUUUCUGUUAAACAAUAUGGUGGUCUUCGGGAGAUGUUUAAGAGAACUUAUGGGUUUAUUCUCACAGUGGAAGACUUGUCUCCGAAUAUAGGCGUCUUGUGGUACUUCUUUGCGGAAGUGUUUGAUUUUUUCAGAAAUUUCUUUCUGAUGGUUUUCCAUUUAAAUAUUCUAUUCAUGAUAUUGCCAUUAGCCAUACGGCUAAACCACCGGCCUUGCUUUCUGGCUUUUGUGUACAUUGCAAUCUCAUCAAUGCUUAAAUCUUACCCUUCAGUUGGAGACUCGGCUCUGUACUUGGGUUUGUUGGGUUUGUUUAUCAAUGAACUAGCAGAUAUGAGGUUCUCUUUCUUCCUCUUCUGUGGAUACAUUGGGGUUUCUCUCCUUAGCCCUGUGAUGCACAACCUAUGGAUAUGGAGGGGCACUGGCAAUGCGAACUUUUACUUUGCAACUGCCAUGGCUUAUGCUUGCUUGCAGAUUAUUUUGGUGGUGGAGAGCGUGGGUGCAAUGCUCAACCAUGACAGGAAGAUAAAAAAGCUGUCUACCACGAACGCUUGAGAUUGUGGAUCUAACAAGAAUAUCAUCAUCUGCAACAAAGGACCUUUUUGCCAGAAAUUUUCAGAUAAUUCACUCCUCUUGCUUCAAUGGAGAUGUCCAAAAGAUUUUAUUUUGUUUUAUUUUAUUUUGAUUUUAGUUUUUAUAGCAGUCCCUUGAAACAUGGUCCCCCAUCACCUUUUGUAUGUGUUUUUAAUAUUAAAAAAAAAAUACAGAGAACUAUUUAGCUUUGAUAGAUCAAUUUUUUUGUGUCCUGUUCACUAUACGUGUCCACUGUACUUGCAGAAAAUAGAACCAUUUUCAAUUUUCUUUCACUAUUUUCAUAUUGGAAUAGAGAAGUAAACACCAUUUUGUCA